AUAGAAUGAAUGAGCCGCCGCGACCACCAACACACAAGAAUGUUGAGUUAGAGACGGACACACACACUCAGCACUGAGCAGUACACUAUGUUGCUGUGAAGCGGCUUUCUUCCUUUCUGACACUUAAAAAUAUUACGAUACCUACAAAGAGAAAUUAAUUACUUCAUCGUUUUGAAAUCACGAUGGCACGAGGAGAGGGCGCCGAGCAGUACGCUGCGAGUUUGCUAUCAGUCAAACCUAUAAAUACAGAAGUCAAGACAGCAAAGCCAAGGGAACAGAGAAAUCGUCUGUCUGUGUCCAGCAAACUAUGCUAUGCAAUCGGUGGGGCUCCCUACCAGAUCACGGGCAGUGCUCUGGGCUUCUUCCUCCAGAUCUACCUCCUGGAUGUGGCUCAGCUGGAUCCCUUCUAUGCCUCCAUCAUCCUGUUUGUGGGCCGGGCCUGGGACGCUGUCACAGACCCAACAGUGGGUUUCCUGGUGAGCCGGAGUAGAUGGACCAGCGUUGGACGUAUGAUGCCGUGGAUCCUUUCCUCUACUCCGUUUGCGGUGGUGACUUACUUCCUAAUCUGGUAUGUGCCUCCGUUUGAGCAAGGGAAGGUCAUCUGGUACCUGAUCUUUUACUGCCUCUUCCAGUCAAUGCAGACGUGCUUCCAUGUGCCAUAUUCAGCCCUCACCAUGUUCAUCAGCAGUGACCAGAAAGAGAGGGACUCUGCCACUGCCUAUCGUAUGAUGGUGGAGGUGAUGGGCACAGUGCUGGGCACCGCAAUCCAGGGUCAGAUUGUGGGUGGCGGCUCAGAUUGUUCCACUAAGCCUGAUGUCUCCGACGGCAGAAACUCCUCAGCAUACAACACGUCCGGUGUUUCACUGGAUGAGACGAAACAAGCUUACUUGCUUGCUUCAGGGGUCAUCUCCAUCAUCUACGUCCUCUGUGCUGGAGUCUUGUUUUUUGGUGUGAAGGAGCAAAAAGAGAGCAGGCAUAAAAAAUCCGUCCCCCUUACCUUCCGUCAGGGCCUGUGGUUGGUGGUGAGCCACACACCUUACGUCAAACUGGUCAUCGGAUUCCUCUUCACCUCUCUGGCCUUCAUGCUACUGGAGGGAAACUUUGCCCUUUUCAUCACCUACGCUCUUGGGCACAGGAACGACUUUCAGAAUAUUCUCCUGGUCAUCAUGCUGUCGGGGAGUCUAACCAUCCCAUUGUGGCAGUGGUUUUUGACCCGGUUUGGGAAGAAGACGGCAACUUACUUCGGCAUCUCGUGGGCAAUACCCUUCAUGAUCCUGAUCGUCUGCAUCGAGAGUAACCUCGUCAUGUCUUACUUGGUCUCAGUGGCUGCAGGUGUGAGCGUGGCGGCAGCUUUCCUCCUGCCUUGGUCGAUGCUUCCUGAUGUAGUGGAUGACUUCAAGGUUAAGAACCCGGACAUCCAUGGUCAUGAAGCCCUCUUCUACUCUUUCUAUGUGUUCUUCAUCAAGUUUGCCUCUGGGAUAUCCCUGGGUAUCUCUACCCUCAGUUUGAAAUUUGCCGACUAUAAGACUGGGAGCUGCUCACAACCCGAGGCAGUCAGUUUAACCCUGAAGGUGCUGGUGUCUCCUGUGCCUGUGUGUCUUAUUAUUGUGGGACUGUUGAUAUUGAGGACCUACCCUAUUGAUGAAGACAGGAGGCUUGGCAACCAAAAACUGCUGCAGGAGAUCCUGGACUCCGAAACAGAUUCCGAGUCAGAAGCUUCAGCACUUGGGAGCAACGUGUAGCUGGCGAAGGACGAGCCAACCACCACCGCUGGUUUACAAGUUUACACAGGCGGUCGAGGGACAUGACCACCAACUAUCUGUAGUAA